UUCUCUCUUCCUCUGUCUCCGUGUUAAACCGCAGAGCCAGAGGGAAACAAAGGGACAUGUCGAGCUAAAUUAUCAGCUAAACUCUGUAUUUAUCCAUAUUAAACUGAUACAGGAGACUCCGGGCUGUGGAUAACUGCUUCAGAUAAACAUCAUGUCAGGAGACCUGGACCUCUCCCCACCCGAGGUUCCUGAGCCCACCUUCUUUGAGAGUGUCCUGCGUUAUGGCCUCUUUCUUGGAGCUAUUUUCCAGCUUAUCUGCAUUUUAGCCAUUAUUAUCCCCACAUCCAAGAGCCAUGAGCAGGAAGAGACUGCAGAGCCAGUCGACACCAAAGUUUCUGAACAAAACAAAAAGCCAAAGGCCCCGAUCCAGCAGAUACGACAGAAACCAAAGAAGGAGAGCAAGAAGAAGAGAUAAGACUGUGGAGUUUUGGUCUGAGUGUGCCAGCCAGUGUGGAAUUGAGUGUUUCUGGUAAAACUGUGUGAACUUCAUCAUGCACUAUCAAACCAUGGACUGUCGAACAGCACUGCAACAUUUCAUAUUAGAAUGCGUAUCUGCCCGUAUCACCAUUACACUACAGUACACUCUUAAACAUGAAGGUGCUUCAGAUGGUUCUUUGAGCCAUGCAAUAGAAUAUAAAAAGAAUUUAAAGAACCAAAUUUGUAAUAAGGACGAGUGUCUUUUUUUUUUUUUUUUAAACCUUAAAAAGGUUAUUUAAUCACUUGAAAUACAGAUUCUUUAACCGGGUAAACAUCUCUUUUACGAUUGAUAAUGAUUUUUUUAAUGUUUUUUCUGUGGCAUCCCCCAAGGAACCGUUUGAAGCACCUUUAUCUUUAAGAGUGCAGAAUGUUUUCUAACAUUUUAGUUCAUGUAUUAACUAAUUUCAUUGACUACAUCCAUAAAGUACAUCCUUUAAAUUUCAUUUUUCUAAUUGUAUUAUCGUUAUAAUUAUGUGUAUAGGGCCACUUAAUAAAUCAUGUAUGUUUCUUUUUUUUUUAAUGUAUACCUGUAUUGUUUUAAAUAAUAAACUGUUUGUGGGCUCGUUCCAUUCCGCACACCCAAGUACUAGUAAUCUGAUCUUUUCUAAAUAAAGCCAUGGAAAGUUUA